CUUUUUAGUAUAUUUAUUGAAGUCCACAUAUCUGUAUGGGUUUAGGAAGACUAAGGAACCAAUCAGAUUGUCUGCAUAUUCUGGCAGAUGUCGCUGAAUUGGUUACGUUGUUUACUUUUGGAGAGUUAUCACUGCUGCUGUGAGACCUAGAAACUUAUUACUUUACAAAAAAUGAAAAACACUAAAGACAUCUAAACAUCUGUAAGUGUACUAGUCUGCAUAACCUGUGACCAUGACGACUGAAGUUGGCCCAGAGACUGAAGUAAAGAAGGAAUCUGAGCAGCUGGAGGCAGAUGCAGCUAAGAACAAACAAGACGAAGCUACAGAGAAUCAGGAAAAUCAAAAGUCUGAAAAGACAGUCUCUGAAGAGGCACAAGGUUCUCCUUCUCCAGCACUAGGUACCCAAAGCAGCCCAAGUAGUCAGAAGAAGGAAAAAGAGCCGUCUGAAGGCAAAGGAAUAUCUCGCUUUAUCCCCCCAUGGCUUAAAAAACAAAAAUCAUAUAGCUUGGUGGAGCCCAAAGACGAAGCCAAGAAAAAACCUGUAGAGGAAGGAGAGACAGUGGAGGAGAGGGAAUGUCAACUUCCAGGGGAAGUGGUUCAGCCAAAAGGAAGUGUGGAAGAAGCAACAAUUGAGAGUGAACGGGAGGCUAAAGCAGAAGACAAGGAGGAGAAGCAUUCUGUGAGCAGUGCUGAAACACAGCCUGCAAAAGAAGAUAAUAAAGAGAUUGAAGUAGAGAAAGUUGCCGAUGAGCAAGAAGAAAAACAAAAAGCAGAAGAAAAUAGAGAGACUAAGGAGGUACAGACAGCUGAAAUCAAUAUGGAGAAAGUUCCUCAGAAAGCUCCUAAGAAGAUUAAAACUGUGCAGUGCAAAGUGAUGCUCCUGGAUGGCACCGAAUUCAGCUGUGACAUAGAGAAAAGAGCUAAGGGCCAGGUGCUUUUUGACAAGGUGUGUGAACAGCUCAAUUUACUGGAAAAGGACUACUUUGGCUUGUUGUUUCAAGAUAACUCAGAUCAGAAGAACUGGUUAGAUUCUUCAAAGGAAAUCAAGAGGCAAAUUCGAAGCUUGCCCUGGCUAUUCACGUUUAAUGUGAAGUUUUAUCCUCCCGAUCCAUCACAGUUGACUGAAGAUAUUACCAGAUAUUUCCUGUGCCUACAGCUUCGUCAGGAUAUUGCUUCUGGACGACUGCCAUGUUCUUUUGUGACUCAUGCCCUCCUUGGUUCAUAUACUCUGCAGGCUGAGUUAGGUGACUAUGAUCCAGAGGAGAACAACAAUGAUUACAUCAGCGAAUUCCAAUUUGCACCCAAUCAAACAAAAGAGAUGGAGGAGAAAGUAGUAGAGCUGCACAAAACACACAGGGGCUUGACUCCAGCACAGGCAGAUUCUCAUUUCUUAGAAAAUGCCAAGAGGCUUUCCAUGUAUGGAGUGGAUUUGCAUCAUGCCAAGGAUUCUGAAGGUGUGGACAUCAUGUUGGGCGUAUGUGCUAAUGGGCUACUCAUUUACAAGGACAGACUCCGAAUCAACCGCUUUGCUUGGCCCAAAAUUUUGAAAAUCUCUUAUAAGCGCAGUAACUUCUAUAUAAAAGUCAGGCCUACAGAGCAGGAACAGUUUGAAAGCACUAUUGGGUUCAAAUUGCCAAACCAUCGGGCUGCUAAAAGGUUAUGGAAGGUUUGUGUGGAGCAUCAUACUUUCUACAGACUUAUAUCACCAGAACAGCCUCCUAAGGCAAAGUUUCUGACCUUGGGUUCCAAGUUCCGCUACAGUGGCCGGACUCAAGCACAGACACGGCAGGCUAGCAACCUUAUAGACAGGCCAGCUCCAUAUUUUGAGCGUACCUCCAGUAAACGUGUCUCCAGGAGUCUUGAUGGCGCUCCUGUGGGUAUCAUAGACCAGAGUCUGUUGAGGGACUUUUCUGCUGCCACAGUAGGACCUGCUGGUGAUAUGGUCUUUGACGGUGAAGCUGUUGGUCAGACCAAAUUAAGAGAUGGUGAAGGUAGAGAUGAGGAUGGAAGCCCAACUAAAAUCUCACAACUGGAAUUAACCCAGGAUGAAAAGUCCCUUCACAUACAUCCACUAUCACCACUCCUUCAUUGUGUUUCAUCCUGUCCCACAAACCUGCCAACUAUCCCUGAGAUGGACAUGUUUUUGGAAAUUUCAGAGGAAGAUCCCUUUCAGGAAUGUGUCCAUAGCACCUCAAACUGCUGGGAGAGCAGUCCUAUGAGAGAAAUACCAACUCAAAAUGAAAAUGAAGUAGCAUUGACUAAUAAUAUCAUGGAGCCUAUGAUACCUCCAUUUAUUCACCAUUCUUCUCCUGCAAAGAAGGGAAAGUCCCAUAAAACAAUAGACUAUAAAGAUACUGAGUUUAGUUUUACAUUAAGCUUUAGCAAACACUUUGCUUUUAAUUUCCCUUCAUUGCUUGAUGAUGAAGGUUAUAUCAGUUUUCCUAGCCUCCCUAAGGUCUGCAUCUCCUUCCUCCCACCUGGCCUUCAACACUAUGUUCCUAUCACCUCUCCCUCAUUCAUUCCCUCUUUUCUCCUUAUCUUUGUGCUGCUUCUCUCUGCUUUCCAGUCUGUUCCUUUUUCACUCACAUUUUCCCUUCCUCUUGCUCUGUCCCUCUGCUAUCUGGAGCCUAAGGCGACUUCAUUGAGCGCCUCUUAUGACAAUGACUGGAAUGACAAAGCAGAGGAAGAGGAGGUGGAGGAAGACCAAAGUGGCUUAAUUUCAGCAGCGUCUCUGGCCGAAACAAUAAAGGUGGAAACUGGAGAGAAGGAAACACAGCAGAAGGACCUUGAUAAGACCCAGGACGACUUACUGAAACAUCAGGCUAGCAUUAGUGAACUCAAGCGCAAUUUCAUGGAAUCCACACCUGAGCCACGCCCCAAUGAAUGGGAAAAGCGGCGUAUCACACCUCUGUCUCUACAGACACAAGGGAAAAUAGGAGACCACAUUUUCCAAAGGAAAAAGCUACCUGUGAAGGAGAAUCAAUGGACUGCUGUGAUGUGGAUUACUAAGGCAAAAACAGAAGAAACUUAUAAGAGCCUAGAAGAGGAAAUAACAUCAAUUUUAUUUAGUAAAGAGGGCUUUUCUACUAGCAUGAAAUCUACCUUCACUUCAUCCUCCGCAAGGACAGCAGAGGGCACUGUUGUGAAAGAUAAUGUACCUUCUGAAAUGCUUUCUGCCUCACCCUUCUUACAACUGCCCGAGAAACUUGCUUCCAGAGCAGAAGGGCUUUGCGCUGGACCCAGCAAUGCUGAUAAGAGUUCACAUGAGACUCUGAACGUAGUGGAGGAGAAGAAGCAGGCUGAGGUUGGGAUAGAAGAGACAGUAGUCAUAGAGGAACUCAACAGAGGGAAAAUGCAAGCUGUCACUGAUGCUGGGGAGACCCGUAAGGUGGAACAUCUGUCAAAAAAAGACUCUUCUUCAUUGUCAUCUGAUAGCAGCAGCAGUAGUGAGAGUGAGGAUGAAGUGGUGGGAGAGUAUCAGCCACACUACAGGGUGGCUAAGGACACUAUAAGGGAAGAACAAGAAGAAAACGAAGAUGCCAAAGGAAAGGAGGAGCGUGCAACAAAAACAAUACAAAGUGAGGAAACUGUUCAAGAAGGCAGUAAAAUAAAAGUAACAGUAGAGCACAACCAAAUUACAGCAAAAGCUUUGGCCCAGGAAAAUGCAGUUGCCAUAAAAGUUGGAGAGAAGAAUGUAAUGGAAGAGGAGAAACAAGACCUGAGAGCAGAAGAUGAACAGCUCAGAAUAAACGGAGAUGUGUCUCAUGUUGAUAUUGAUGUUGUGCCAGAAAUAAUUUGUUGUUCUGAGCCUCCAGUAGUAAAAACAGAAAUGGUGACCAUUUCAGAUGCCACACAGAGAACAGAAAUCUCCACCAAAGAAGUCCCCAUUGUUCAAACGGAGACUAAAACCAUCACAUAUGAAUCUCCACAGUUCGAUGGCAGCGCAGGUGGUGAUGCUGGUGUGCUGUUGAGUGCGCAGACUAUCACGUCUGAAUCAGUUUCUACAACUACAACCACACACAUCACUAAGACAGUAAAAGGUGGAGUAUCAGAAACAAGGAUUGAGAAGCGCAUUGUCAUCACUGGAGAUGCAGAUAUUGACCAUGACCAGGCAUUGGCACAGGCAAUCAAAGAAGCCAAAGAGCAGCACCCUGACAUGUCUGUCACAAGAGUAGUGGUGCAUAAAGAAACGGAACUUGCUGAGGAAGGAGAGGAGUAAGAUCAAGAAUUAAAGCCACCUACUUUGACUAUGACAAACUUUAACCAUUCCAAGUUGGAGACACCACCACUACUCCAUUGAAUUCACCAGGCCUAGCAACAAUGACCAGACACUCAAGGUUGAAAUGCCAACACCAAACACUACCUUAACUACCCUGGUCCAUAUAGUUCCCUUACAUCAUUCUUGUUUAUUUUUAUAACCACUUCUUAACAUUUUUAGCUUUUUUAAGGUUUUAGGGGAGAUUGAUUUAUUUGCACAACUACCUGCCCUUUUUAUAAAGAAUUCUUGACCAUAUUAGAGUGAACAAAAAGUAUUCUGACUAUGCUUGUUCACUGGAACAGGUGAAGUUGUGCAGGAAGGAGGAUCUGUGACUAAUUUAGAUGUAGUUUUUUCCAAACAUUUCAACUGAAGUUUGUUACUGGAGUAAUUUACAGAUUUUUCUCAAAUUAGUCCAGUAAAUAUACUUUAUCAGAUAACAUAAAAUAGAGGAUUUUUUUGUAAAAACAAAACAUUUCAUAUAAUUUGAAAAAAUGAGACUUUUGCUUUGACUGGAUGGAUUUUUUUUUCACUAACACCUUAUAACUCUUUCUGUUCUGAGGGUUUCCUCCUUUUUCUGGGGAACAGGUGCUGGUAGUCUAUAGAAGAGAAAGAGUUAUAAAAUAGUUUCUUCUGACUGAGCACUGUGUUUCAGAAACCUAUUGCACUACAGUGCCAAUGCUCAACUCUUUCACAGACACUUUGCCGUCUGUAACAUUCCAGAUAAGGAAGACAAAAAGGACAGAAAAAAAUGCUUUCACUUCUUCCAAUAAAAGAUGACCCAGGCAGCUUAAAACCUUAGUGCUUUUUUCUUAACAUUUCCAAACAUCAACACUUCCCUAUCAAAUACAUGUGUAGAAUGCUUGCUUUCUAUUAAACCUCAUUGUCUACAUGUUAGAACUGACAUUUCUGUUGUUGAGCAGGUAUGUGCUCCAGAUAGUUUGUUUAAUAAUCAAUACAGGUUUUUAGAAUACUGAGGGAAAGGUGUGGGUCCAUUCUUGUAGGCAAUAAAAAAGCAACAUCAGUUGUUGAGGCUGCCACUGGAGAAACCUGUAUAGAAACCUGUUACUAUGUCAAUUUCUUUGCUGUUGACUCUGUGUAUAGUUAAGAUGCCAAAUUAGAUUUAUAGCAGCUUGAAGUUGUAUUAAGUGAUAUUUUGCUUUCUGUAAUACUAUUAUAAAAUAAAGUUUGUUUAUUCUCUAGG